AUGUUUGUCAAGAAUAUAUAUUCUCCUGUGACGGUGGUGGCGGCGGCGCUGCUGUUGACCACUGCGGCCGUGGCGUGCUCCCAUGGAACAUGCAAGGUGAAGGAUAGUUGCUGGAGGGGCGGAGACUGUGGAGCUGGACUGUAUUGUUAUUCGUGUGAAGUAGGGUUUCCUGGCUCCAGAUGUGUGAGAUCUAAAGCCACCAACCCAUUCCGGAUUCUGAAUAACUCUAUGCCGUUGAAUAAAUACGCAUUCUUGACAACCCACAAUGCAUUCGCCAUAGAAGGGGAGCCAUAUCACACUGGAGUUCCAAGAAUCACUGUCACAAAUCAAGAAGAUACUGUCACUCAGCAGCUCAAUAAUGGGGUUCGCGCUCUGAUGCUCGAUACGUAUGAUUUUGAAGGAGACAUAUGGUUGUGCCAUUCUUUCGGAGGCAGAUGCCAUGAUUUCACAGCAUUCAAACCGGCUGUUGACACAAUGAAGGAAAUAGAAAGCUUUCUGAGGACAAAUCCGUCGGAAAUUCUGACAUUAAUCUUGCAAGACUAUGUUCAGACACCAAAAGGAAUUAGCAAAGUGCUGAGAGAAGCAGGGCUGUCCAAGUACAGGUUCCCACUGUCGAGAAUGCCCAGAAAUGGUGAGGAUUGGGCUGCUGUCAGCGACAUGGUUGCUAGAAACCAAAGACUGCUGGUGUUUACUUCUGUACAAUCCAAGGAAAAGAGUGAAGGAAUUGCGUACCAGUGGAACUACAUGGUUGAGAAUCAAUAUGGUGAUGAUGGAAUGAUAGUAGGAAGUUGCAUUAAUCGGAUGGAGUCGUCAGCCCUUAACGACAAGAGGAAGUCUUUGGUUCUGAUGAAUUAUUUCGGAUCUAUUCCUAGCAAAAAAUUUGCCUGUGUUCACAAUUCGGCAAACCUAUUGGCCAUGAUUCAGACCUGCCACCAGUCCACUGGCGGACGAUGGCCCAAUUUUGUGGCAGUUGAUUUUUACAAGAGGAGUGAGGGAGGAGGAACAUUUGAAGCUGUGGAUACUCUCAACGGAGAGCUGUUAUGCGGGCGCAACGACGUCCAUGAAUGUGUUGUAGCCUUCUUGUUCUAG